AGCAUUGUGCCGCCACACAGGAACGGAACGUCGAAAGUGGUGAGAUAUCUCACUAAUGACGACAUUACUUGUACACUUUCCUCAACAGGCAGAUAUGGUCUUUCAGUCGCAUUCCUACUCAUAUUUAGACCAAGACAGUCGACAAACUUCGAUCUCUUCCAGGCUCCAAGGAACAUCUUCGCAUUACGAGGUAUGGAAAGAUUCCCAGUGUUGUAGAGAGGAAAUCUGAAAUUCAAACUAAUUGCAAUUGCAGCUUCCUCCGAAUCUUUUGGGAAGUGCUGGAACCGGAUAACCUACCUAGGGAUGAUUCUUGUCUGCUCGUUAUCGUAAACUCUGAGAUAGUCCUUGUCGGUGAAGGUCUGGUAGUAUACAAUAUCGUAUUCCUUAUAAUCCUUAUUACGCACUGAUUUCAGAAGCUCCACAUUGACUGCCAACCGCACUUUUUGCCCUUGCUUGCAUUCAUUUUCUCCGAGGUUUUGCAGGAUAUGUGUGUCGAUUAAAAGUGCUCGAAAAGGUGGAUUGGUCGUUUUUAGGAGCGUCGAACAAUUUAUCUGGAAAUUCAUGCUCUUAUUCAGGAUAUCAUUCGAUUUCAGCAUAAAUACAAUAAGGGCAGGAGCUGAACAUAAAGUAAGAAAAAAUAGCCAAUAUUGA